CUCUCGCAUCGCCUGUUCUUUUCAGCUCCUCUUGUGUGAUGAUGGCUUGUUUUUAUCCUCAGGUUUCGGAUGUUUGUUUGUUUGUUUGUUUGUCUUCAUGGAAGUAUAGUUAGCUUAAUUCACAGGAAACGUUGUUUGUUCGGGAGAUGCUUUUGUGUGAGAGCAUCCCCACACUUCAAGACUCAUGUCACGUUCGUUAAUCAAAUUCCCGCCCACCUCAUACCUCCCCCCAUCUCAUCUUCUCAUCUUUCAGCUCUUUCAGGCUGAGCUUCCUCUCCUUCAUCUCCCUUGUCCUUUGCUUCUGUCCAUCCUUCUUUUUUUUUGUUUCUCCCUCACUUUGUCAUCUUGAACCUCCUUGCCUCUCUCAGCAGCGGCAGCAGAGGAUGACGCUUCAGUGAGAGGAGAGGACGGCGAGCGAAGUGAAGCAAAGGUGUAAUCCAGAGGGAGAAAAGGACAACGAGGAGGCGAGAUAGGGUCGAGGAGGGGGGGGAAGUGGCAGGAAGGGGCAAAAAGGGAUAAACAGUGGAUGGAGGCGGCUCGGACCGAGGCUGAGGAGCACUCUUCACUGACGAAGAAGAAGAAGAACAGCAGCAGAAGCAGCAGCCGCAGGGGGGACAGGAGAUGGAGACCAAAGGGAGAAACGUGCCCUCAGACCUUAGUUUUCUUCCAAGGCCGGCAAUGAUUUGGUGGGAGCGCGGCAUCCAGGUGCUGCUGACCACCAUGGGCGCUUUUGCCGCCUUCGCCCUCAUGACGGUCGCCAUCGGUACAGACUACUGGCUGUACGCCCGAGCCUUCAUCUGUAACAGCACGGCUAACUCAUCCCAGGAGGACUCCAACAACAAGGAUAAGAAAGACCCCGGGGCUCUCACCCACUCUGGCCUGUGGAGAAUCUGCUGCCUGGAAGGUCUGAAGAGAGGCGUCUGCUCACAAAUCAAUCAUUUCCCCGACGACGCAGACUAUGACCAGGAUGCUGCCGAGUAUCUGCUGCGUGUGGUGCGAGCGUCCAGCAUCUUCCCCAUCCUCAGUGCCAUAUUGCUUCUGAUGGGCGGGGUCUGCGUUGCCUCCAGCAGUUUCUACAAGAGCAAACGGAACAUCAUUCUGGGCGGGGGGAUUCUUUUUGUGGCUGCAGGUCUCAGCAACAUAAUUGGAGUGAUUGUUUACAUCUCAGCAGCUCUCAGCGAUAUUUCCCCCAAGAAAGACGAGGAUAAGAAGUGGCACUACUCCUAUGGGUGGUCGUUUUAUUUUGGCGGUCUCUCAUUCAUUCUGGCUGAGAUGGUUGGCGUCCUCGCUGUAAAUAUCUACAUUGAGAAGAAUAAGGAACUCCGCUGCCGCUCCCGUACUGACCUCUUCAAGAACACCACCCAUGCCGUGCUGCGCCUGCCCAGCUACCGCUUCAGGCGGCGCUCCCGCUCCAGCUCGCACUCCACCGACCCACCCCGCUCGCAGGAGACCUCACCUGUUGGAGCUUCCAAGACCUUCAGUCUGCCGCCGUCUGCGCCGCCCUUCUCUGUGGCCACCCUGCCCAACCCGCACCACACCAGCGGUGGGGGUGGGGACAUCUCCAUGUACACCUUAUCGAGGGACUCAAAGCUGGGCAGCCUCGGUGGAGGUGCCCCACCUCUCUACGGCACGGUGGACCGCGCCACGCUCUAUCAGCUUCACAACUACUUUCCAAAAGAGUCCGGCGGCAGCGGCGGCAGCGGUGGUGCAGUGAUAAGUAGUGGCACGCUUCCAUCCCAUUCCAAGUCCAACCUGGCAGCAGCGGCGGCGGCCCAGAAUACGGCACCGCUGAAUACCUCGACAUCUGCAGCUGUGCCAGCCCAGUCAGCUCCAAUCUCUACUGCAACCAUGGAGAGGGACAGAGGCAACGUGGGAACCCUGGAUCGCCUGACAGCCAAAAGGGACAGGGAUAGCAACUCAGACACGCUCAACAGGAAAACAACGCCAGUCUGAAGAGAAACCUCAGAGGAAGGUCUGGAGUUUAAACACAGUAGGGCUGAAAACAUGAGGGGGGUGUUUGAGCCUGGUGUGUCCAGCUGCCAUAGCUACCAUCAUAAACAGUCAUAAAAACGCAACAUUUUGAAGCAGAUUUUAUCUGCUGCAGAUUUAAAAGCCAUCAGCUGUUGGAGAUUCAAGGUUGCAUUUUUGAAACUUAAACCAUUUAUCUCCCAACAAUAGAAGUUAGCUGUUAGUUACUGUUCUAUGUAAGUUGUUUAUCACCUAUUUUGCCUGUUAAGGAAACUAAGUUUAGAUGAUUUGGCUUCAGAUAGAUGGAUUACAAUUAAAUGAAGUGAUUAGGAGUGUAACGAUUUAAUCUAACCAGAUUGAUCUGUCUGAGGCAAGAUGUUAAUUGAACUGACUUUUAUAAAAUCCUUUUAAAAUGACACUUAUUGAUUAUGUCAAUAUAUUUUGAUGUACAUUGGAAAAUAAUAUUUCAAAUGACACAUGGUAGGUUAAUUCUACUAUAACGUAAAAAAAACAAAGUGGAUCGUUGAAAAUAAACCAAUAUUGACUGUGAGUGGUGUCGUCAACCACUAUUUAUUAAAUGAAACAAAUCAUAGUUAUAUAACCUUCAUUUUUAAGUAGAUAAACUAAAUUAAAAGUAGGACAAUUUUUCCAAAUAUCCAUAUUAUGAGGGCCCAAAGGUCCCAAAAGUUUUUUGAUCAACAAAACUUGAAGCAUGACACACACAGAAACCAUGCAGUACACCUGCAAAGUGAAAUAAAAAAUAACUUAAUUAAUUAAUUCACAUUAAUUUGCAUGACUUUGGCAACAUCCAUUCUUUUAAUAGACUUAUUGUUUUGGAUUAAAAACUAUUCGUUCAUAUUUUUAUACAUCUGGGUUUUUAUGACUGUUUAUGACUGAUAUGACCUAAAGUAGAAUCUAAUGUGUUUAUACCAAGGGCUGAAAGGGACGAGGCAACAGGGUGGUAAUAGAAACAGUUUACACUCAGGUGGUGGAAGUUUAUUGGUUAGAAAACCAUAAAUAACUGUGCCGCUGCAUAGUAAAUCAGCUUUCCCAAUGACAGUAGUAUACGACAAAGUGAACUCAAAGCACAUUUUAGACGAUUGACCCUUCUUCUAAAACAAAGAUUUAAAACAAACCCAGCAGGGGUUUGGAUGAAACUAUUUUCACUAGUUUUCUGGGAUAUUCCAAAGGGAAAAUGGUUCUGUGAAGUAUGUUUCUGGAUUACUUCUGGACUGAUGUGUUAUAAUAUGUGGCUUAUUUAUCAAACUCCAAUUGCACUUCCAAGAGGAAUUUUGUUCUUGGUUUAGGUUGAGGAGGAGAGGAGACAGAAAAGAAAAGUAGUUCCAGCUCCUCUUUACAGUGUCUACUUAUAGCUAUAUACUGUUCAAUAAACUAGAGUAUAAAAAAGGUAUAACAAUAAUAAUAAUCCAUUGAUUCAAACCAGGAGCGUCCAAACUAACAGUCACUUCGACCAACAUUUAGAAAAUGUUCAAAAUUGAUUGAUCAGGUAUUUGGUUCGGAAUGUUAUCGGAUCACAUAGUUUUUCCUCAGCGCUACAGAUGGAUUUAUUGACGAGUGACGUAUUUUCCUUAAACAUCUUUGAAGACAUGCAUACACAUCUUUUUUUCUGUUUGAUAAGUUAAUUUCUUAAGAAAAAAUCAUUAAUGCAGGAAAACAGUGUGGUUUAAGUCCAACUGAAUAUCAUUGUUUUAAAAGUCAGAUAAUUAAGAUAGAAGAUUUGAAAAAAGGGGCUAGCUUAUCUUAAAGUUAUCAUCCAGUUAUCAUUAAAGCUAAAAGAAGCUAAAUCAUGGUGAACCUUUACAAAUAAAAUGGCAAAUUGAUGAAAAAAAAUUGGUUAAUGUGAAACACAGCUUAAAUCCUAAAUACUUCAAAUGUUAAAUGAAAUAUUAAAAUCCUACAUAGGUUUAAAGAGUCAUGAUAAAUCCAGUAGAAACAGAAUGGUAGACAUGAGUUGCUGAAAAGUAAAAUAAACAUCAAAGUGUUCAGUUGGAUGCUAAAAAGUUUGAAUUAAAUCUUUAAAAUUCUUAACUGGAUGCCAAAACAUGAAACUAAAAUAAUUAAAAACAAGGCGAAUCAACUUCAAGAGUUUUAUAUAAACUUUUUUGAAAUUGUAAUUUUUAAAAUGUCUUUUAAAAGCAGAACAGUACCAAAUAUGAUCAAUAAUGCAAAAUGUAUUGCAAUAUUAGCUGAGCGACCAAUAAAAUGCCAAAGAUUAAAAAUAAAUAAAUAAACAAAUGAGACGUAAAUCGCUCAGAUAUCACAACAGAGUAUUGAGGUGAGCAAUAUUUGUAAAGUCUUAAAAAAAGUCAGAAUUUUUGCAAAAAUACAGUCGUAAUUUUAUGAGAGAAAAGUCAAAUAUUUACAAGAAUAAAGUCAAAAAUGUAUAAUAAAAAUGAGAAUGAACUUGUUGAAUUAUGGGUAAAAAGGUCAACAUUUUGCAAUGAUAAAGUUAUAUUAGUUAUAAUAUCAGUUGUAAAAUUAUCAUUUUUUAAAAUAAAUGUACCGGUUUAUUCUCGUUACAAUGCAAAAUUUAAUCUCAAAAUUUCACGACUUUCUUCUUAUUUUUUCAUUAUCGUUGCCCUAAUAUUCUAUCGCAUUGAGAUACAAGUUUAAAGAAUUCAUGUAAUUAGAAGAAAAAUCUGAUAGUUGCUUUCAUUGAAAGAUUGAUAAAGAUUUUAAGGUUUUGAAAAUUCCUCUAUUUAUGUUGAUGGGACUCAAAAAAGUAGUAAAACACUGAGUAAACUCCACUGUAUUUAUAGCAAAUCAAAAAUGAACAGGAAGCUGAAAGUGUGGAAUAUUUCUCCCUUGAAGUUAAUGAAACGUGGCUGCAGUUUGGACACUCCUGGUGAAAAACAAAAGCACAUAAUGUCUGUAAAUGGUUUUUUUCAUGUCCAUCCUGUGUGAAAAUCGCUUGUGAUUUCCUGGUUAAGCGAAAUCAUAACUCCAGAGUACUAAUAUCAUGUUGCAAGUGUUCGUAUGAUUUUAAUGGUUAUUGCAGGGUAUUUACACAUUUUUUUAAUGGUUUUUCUUUGUGGAUUUUUUAAAAAUAACUUUGCUUUUCAUAUUUAUUUUGUAUGCAUAAGUCUGUGGUGUCAUGAGGGAAGCAUGCACACAAUCACUGAAGGAUAGCCAUCAGUAAUUUCAGGUUUAUGGAUUUAUGUUUUUGCAUGCAACAUCCUGGAACAUCCUAAUAAGAGCUAGGACCAGAAGCUGUUCAGUAAAUAUCAGUAGUUUUGGAAAACGAGAAGCUUCUAUAGUGAUUUUAGAUGACUUCAGCUAAACAGGAUUUAGUGACGCUAGCCUCUCAGUAUUAGAUUUGGAGUCCAUGCAGACGUUUUCUUUAAGAAUCUUUCAACAUUUGGUGCAAAUGAUUUCUUGGUUAGUUUAGGAGCAGCUUCCUUGGAAAAUCUUCAGGUUGCGUGCCUUGCUCACAAGCAUUUUUCCAGAUAGAUGUUUAUUUUAGUUCUUCCCUCUACAUUGUUCUACUCCUCUAAAUACAAUAAGCACAUGACUUUUUUGCUGGAUAAUUCUUUAUGUGUAUAUUCACUUAAGAGUUUUUUUUUUGUCAUUUUACAACAUUUUUCUGUAUUUUAUCUCAAAAUUUUACCAUUUUUUUCUUUAACUAUUUGUAAUUAUUUUUCACUUUUGUACUUUUCCUUUUUAAUUUCCUCCUUCUAAUUCCGUCGUACUCUCUGUAGUAAAUUCAUAGAUGUUUUACUUUAUGAACAUAACCAACGUAGCCUAAUACUCUGUGCUUUCAAUGGUCCAAAUAGUGUAUAAUUGUAGUUGAUAGAAUUUAUAUGAAUCUAUUUAUUUUGGUGGUGAUGAUGUAUAGAUAUUCAUGAUGUUAUAUUGUUUUAGAGUAUUUACUCCUGUACAUUUGGGCUUUAAAAGCUGAACAGCCCUCUUUGUGAGAAACGGUUGGCAGCCUCAGUGCUGGAAAUGUGAGCUUCAAGUUAACCUUGAGUUAACCUUGAAAUUGUUUUGGAUAAAAAACUGACGGAAAUGUGAAAUGUUUUUAACAAACGUAACUAAAACUGAUAUAUUUACACUCAUAAGAGACAGCCAUUUCUGAAGGGGGCUAUAUAAUAUGCUGAUUCUCAUGGAAAAAGACUAAAUCAAAUAUAUAUACAGAUUAAAUAAAAUUAGUAAUUAAAAA